UCAUGGGUUAUCGUUGAGGUGCCCGUCGGUUGGGAAGUGAAUCAAAUAUCUUGCGGACCGACUGGACUGGUUUGGACGGUCGCGUGGGACGGGUCGGCAUUAGUGCGGACGGGAAUAAAUAGAGACAAUGUUUGUGGGAAUAAUUGGGUUAAAGUGGAGGCGCCCAAUGAGUCCAAAUUAAUGCAAGUCUCUGUCGGCGUCGAUAGUGUUUGGGCCUUAACUCGUGACGGAAAGGUAUGGUUUAGAAAAGGCAUCCGAGGCCUCAAUUCGGGUCAUAAUGACAACUGUGCCGUCGGUUUGGGUUGGGUUGAGAUGUUUCAAGAAAUGUCUUUAUUAUCCGUUACUUCUAAUGAUCAGACCCAGGCCUGGAUCUGGAUAUCAGCCUCCAGUUGUGCACUCAAUUCCGAUUCAUAUCUUCAAUUCUCUUAUGCAUCGCACGACUCACAGACAUCACUCGACAUUUCUUUGGGAUCAAGUCUUGGAAAAGAGCAAAGUAUUUGUUCAGAGGAAUGCGAGUGGAGAUCAAAUAUUUUGAUGCAAUUGAAUAAAAGAUAUGAAAUAGAAAUGAAGGACUUUAUGUCAGUUUAUCAAAAGGCUAUUGAAUCGGGUGUUUGGAUAAAGUCGGGCACAUGUUUUGUGGCCAAAAGUGACAAAACAGUGACCAAUUGGUGUCCCGGUCUGCUUGAACUCGAGAGACAAGGUGUUGAGAGAACCACUGAAAGCGGAAGUCUCACCAUAUCUUACUCUAAUUCAUCUCAAAAGAUAAAAGUGAACAAAAAAGUGUUAAAUUUGGCCGAAAUUAGCUGUGCUUUCAUUGGCUCGUCCGAGAACUCUAUGUACUCUAUAAGCAAUUGUUUAGUGAUUAUUGCAAACAAUUUUAUUGCAAAAAUCAAAUUCCAAACGGACACCGAAUUAGAUGACUGGUUGGCCACGAUCAAUUUGGUUUGUGGUGAUCUCCACACUAUUAAUGGUACAACUGGUAUACCUGGUGCCCGGAUCCUCUGUGUGACAAAUAAAGGCGAUCUCUAUGUUGGCCACCAAUUAAGUGCUGACAAUAUAUUUUACUAUCUCCUAAGUGGUGGUCAUUUCAAUUCAGUGACCGCUUGUUUGGGUGUUGUCUGGGCACUUUCGUACGACCAUGUCUUGUUUGUUCAUAAUAAUGGAUCAGGAGGUGGAGUUUAUAAAGAC